AUGUCUCAAACGGGAAAGCACUGGCAGAUCCGGCGCAAGAGGCAAGAACAAAGUCCGACAGCGGGCAGGUGCACCCGCGAAUUGAGGAAGGAACGGACGGCGAGAUAUGAAUUCGCAGUCAAUGCAAAAGGAAUUCAACUUGAGAGGCCGCUCAAGACAAGCAUCGCCGGAGCAAGCAAACUAGGUUCACAGGGCAUGGGGCAUCGAAACCGACUGCUUGGCAGGGUGCCUGUGCUGGUCGAAGUGCGACUAAAAUGCUACGCUAUCCUUGCAGUCGGUGGUCGGCAUGGGGUCUAG